AUGUUGGCGACUAGUAUGCCCGAUACUGGAGACAUCUACAAGGCGUCUUCAGUGGCCGAGAUUCGAGCCACGUUGGCAGAGUUGGGCCAGCAGGAAGCCACCGUGACUGCCCGUCUGGAUGCGCUGCUCGCAUCGCAACGCGACCUCUCGCGCCAAUUGACCAAGCUCGAUCUCGCACGAGCUCAUCUAGGCUCUCAAGUCAUCCAGACGCGCUCCAUCAGCAAUGGCAUACUCUCUUCGGCCGCCUCGACAGCCGCCCGCAUUUCCGGUGCCGUCAACCAACUCGACCGAGAACAAGCUGCCGUAAAGUCCACCUUGAAUGUUGUCGACCAGGUCGCCGAGCUCAAAGCCUGCGUCUUGGGUGUCAAUGGCUCCAUGGGUGCUGCCCAAGACUGGGAGACGGCUGCCUCAUACCUCCACCGCGCUUCUCAAAUCCCCGACCACGUCAUUGACGGUGCUUUUGCCCAAGAAAUCGUUCCCACCGCCGAAGUCCCCGAUGCACCGCGAGUAACGCUUACCGAAGCCUCGGAGAGUCUGUGUGGCCUGUUCCUGCGCGAGUUCGACCGCGCUGCGACCGACGGAGAUGGUCAGAGGGUCACUCGCUUCUUCAAGUUGUUCCCCCUGAUUGGCAAAUCAGACCAGGGCUUGGAUGCAUAUGGUCGCUACGUCUGUACCGGCGUAGCUCAAAGAGCAAGGAACAAUCUGAGCGCUACGAACCAGCGUGAGAAUGCUCUCUUCUACGCGAGCGCCUUGACCAAACUGUUUGAGCAGAUUGCUUUGAUCGUUGAUGGCCAUGAGCCUCUUGUCGAGAGACACUACGGUCAAGGUUCCAUGGCCAAAGUCAUUGAGCGUUUGCAAGCAGAAGCAGAUACUCAAGGUGGCAUCGUACUUGAUGCCUGGGCUGAUGAGCGCAGCCUCGCAAGAAAGAUCAAGGACGUCAAAUCAUAUGCUUUCUCUUUUCUUGUCCAGAGUUUCCUCCCAAGUCAAAAGUCGAAUGCCCAGCGAUCACAAUCGCCAGCCUCGAGUCGUGCUAGUGAGGAUGAGGGCGUCAACAUGAAGGAAGUCGAUGCCCUGCUCAGUGAGACCGCCAUGAUGUUGAGCCGCUGGGCUCUGUAUACCCGUUUCGUCGCUACAAAAGUUCACGAACACAUAGCCAUGCCAGAUCUCCUUGCCAACAGUAGGCUGCACAAGAAGAUUGCUGAUGCACUGAUUGAGCCUUUCAACACCAUGACCACAUUCUUCUUCCGCCGCUCCGUCGAGAAGGCCUUCCAGAUGGACGAGUCGCCUUUUGACCUGACACUCAAUCCGAACAAGCCUUUGGGCUCCAACCCUCCCUUCAUCACCUCUGCAGUCGACGACGUCAUGUAUAUUGUCAACCAAGUACUGCAGCGCACGCUAGCUACAUCGCAAAGAGCCGUCGUCGCCGGCGUCAUGCCUUCAGUCAGUCGCGUGCUGACAGGUGACUUCUUCGGCAUGAUCCAGCGCAAGAUGCGUGAUGAGAGCUAUCCCAAAGCCGCCAUUCAAGGAGCCUUACCGCCAGAAAGUGUCAUCAUCUCUUUCUUGGUACUCAUCAACAACUUGGACAUCUCCACCGACUACCUUCGCCGUAUCGUAAACACCAAUCUCGGCAAGGUCGACCCCAGCAACCCCAGCCAACAACGUGCCGCCAUUCCAGACCUCUUUCCAUUCGCUCACGAUGCUGUUUUCGUAGAGACUGCACUGGGCAACAUUCUCAGCACUUUCGAAUCCAAAACCGCCGAUCUCAUCGCAGAAGCCGUCGAAGUGCUGCUCAAACAAGUCAUGCGACCACGCCUACGUCCCGUCUUUGUCGAAACCUUCCGCGACGUCGAAUAUCUGCUCAACGACGACGAUGCCGCCGCAGAAACCGGCGACUCUGAUGCAGCAGUCGCCCAACGCUUCGAGCGCGGCUGGAUGCAAUUCACACGCCCCAUCAAACGCAUCCUCACCGAUCGAACAUACGACGCGCUAAUCACAAGCACCAUCGCCUACCUAGCGCGCGCACUCGAAAAACGCAUUUGGUCAUACUACGGCCGUGUCAACGAACGCGGUGCUGCAAAGCUCGAACGCGACAUUUCGGGGAUUGUGAAUGCGGCGGUCAAAGGCGGCAAGUAUUCACUCAGAGACGCGUUCCAGCGUUGCACGGACAUGACGUUGAUCUUGAAUAUGGAGGAGGAUGAGUGGGAAGAGGUUGCUGCGCAGAGUGUAGAGCAGCAGAGGGAAGCUGGGUUGGAGUGGCAUUUGGAUGCUUCCGAGCGCGCGAGGACGAGGAGUAUCAUGACUGAUUCGCGAUGA